AUGGGUGUGGAUGAACUGCGCAUGUGCAUGACCGAGCUCUUUCGGAAGCAAAGUCGGCUUUAUCCAAGAGGUUCACAUCAAAAACCGAAAAUAAAAGUCAUGUCAGGCUUUCUGGACGGAAUCCGGUGCGGAGACUGCGAGUGCAAUGUGGACUGGGGAGAGAGAAGAAACACCAUUGCAUCUAUCGCUGCUGGAGUGCUGUUCUUCACUGGUUGGUGGAUCAUCAUCGAUGCAGCAGUGAAAUAUCCUGAUCAGGGACAGUUUCAUCAUGCCUAUCACACUUGUGGAGUCAUCGCUACAGUGGCCUUUCUAAUGAUAAAUGCUGUUUCAAAUGGCCAAGUGAGAGGAGACAGCUACAGUGAAGGCUGCAUGGGACAGACAGGCGCACGAGUGUGGCUCUUCAUUGGCUUCAUGCUGGCUUUUGGUUCUCUCAUUGCCUCCAUGUGGAUUCUGUUUGGAGGAUUCGUAGUGCCUCAGAAGCCUGUUGUGUACCCUGGUAUUGCCAUUUUCUUCCAAAACGCAUUCAUUUUCUUUGGGGGUUUGGUCUUCAAGUUUGGACGCACAGAGGAUCUGUGGCAGUAAUGGACUGUGUCUUUAUGUUCACCAUUAUAAAGCUUGCUUUCUAUAUUGUAUGAGACAAUAUGCUUUAGUGGUUAUUCACUUAAUGUAUAAUAACUUUUUUUAGCAUUCAAUUUAACAUGUUUAAUUUAUGUCAUUUGCUUUAUAAUGGCUAAAUCAUAACUAAGCACAAAUUUUAAUAGAGUUCCUGAAAGUUUGAAUAUUUUCAAAUGUGGCACAUCUUUAAAUGUGUCGGUUUGCACUCAGACUGUGUAGCCAUGUACUUAGAAUGGUUUACAAAUUGUGUAUAACAAAAUGUGUAUUUUGGGAGAUGUACUUCCCUGAGCUGUCUACGUUUCUUUGGGUAUACUGACUUCUAUGACAUCAUUUAAUUUGAACUGUUUGACUGGAAAGUACAUAAAUUAUUAUGGUACAAAAUAUAUUGAGAACAACGUCACAAAAUACUGUGCACAUACACAUAUACUGAAUGUAACCAUAUGGGGUUGUUUGUAUUUUUCCUGAAAUAACGCUCUGUCAGCUCUGAAACGUUGCAAUCAUCCAGAUUUAUUGUUGAGGGUUAAUUAGCUCACACUGCUGACCUGAAGUCAACAAAGGUUUCACAACUGUAGGAUGCAGUUUGUGUAUUGGAGAUUUGUAUUUGACUGCUACACUUAUCCAUUUUGCUUAUGUAAUAUCCAGACCAUGAGGUCAUUUUCCGACAGCCAUGGCAGCAUUAAACAUAAACAUACUGAACAAUAAA